UGCCUAUGCUCUCCUCCCCUCUCCUCUCCUCUCCUCCCCUCCCCUCCCCUUUCAUCUCCUCUCCUCCCCUUUCCUUAGUAUAUUUGAGAGAUCCACUAUCGGGUUCUGUGAUGAGUUGAAAAUUGUUCAAUUAUCGAGUGAAGUAUGCCGUUGUCUUUGUCACUAUCAGUCUUUCUGGGCUUGAUCGCUCUGUCUUCUGGAAGUGAAAGCAGUGUAGAAUGGUGCUACACUGAAGAAAACUGCAAGCCGGACACAUGGGUCAGGUUUGGUUACUGUAACGGCCAGAGACAAUCUCCCAUCGAUAUUGACCACACCAACGUUUGGAGAAACAACACCCUCACUGAGUUUAAUUUCACACAAUACAACCAGAAAAACUUGAUGAAGGAUAUUGUGAACAGAGGACACACAGUGCAAGUGAACCUGGCUGAGGGCGCGGAGGUCAGUGGGGGCGGGCUGAACGGCUCUUACUCUGCGAAGCAGUUCCAUUUCCACUGGGGAAACGGGCACUCGAAACCGGGGUCCGAGCACAGGGUGAACGCCAUGCAGUAUCCCAUGGAGAUGCACAUCGUUCAUUUCAAGAAAGGACUUACUACUGAGGAAGUCCUUCAAGACCCAGAAGGCAUUGCAGCCCUGGGAUUCUUCAUUGACGUCUCGGUUGACUCGUCACAUGACUCUGCCUGGGGGAAGAUCGUUCACUUUCUCGAUGAUAUCCCGACUAAGGACAUGAACAAGUCCCUCUCUCUAGACCUCUCUCUGGAUGACCUCCUCUCAGGUGUCAAUCGGAGCCGUUUCUAUAGAUACUAUGGUUCCCUGACCACGCCCAACUGCAAUGAGGUCGUCGUGUGGACAGUCUUCCAAGAGCCAAUCACAAUCAGCGCCUACCUGAUUGACCAGUUUGCCCAGUCUGUCCACUCCGUAGACGGCCACGUCCGCAAGGUGCUCGACAGCUUCCGUCCUCCCCAGCCAAUCAACAGCCGCCGCGUCCAGGCGUCGCCGGGGGUAACGGCGGAGCCCUGGCGGACGACGCGCCACGUUCACCUGGAAGCUGAAAGUUGUCAAAAGCUGGCCGCGGGGUCACUUUCUCUCUGCGCUAGCUACCUCGCUGUCGCCGUGGCAACCUUGCUGAGCCUCCUUUAAAUCAAAGAGCUCAGCUGGUUCCCCCCCCCCCCCCCCCCCCCCCCUCCCUCCCUCCCUCCCUCCCUCCCUAGAAAGACAGAGAGACAGAAGUUAUAAAGAUAUAGGUAUAUAGUUACUGUACAGAGACAGACAGCUACUAUACAGACAGACAGACAGACAGACACAGCGACUGUAGACAGACAGAUGGACAGAUAGCUGCCUGGCAGUUAGGAAUCUCAAAGCAAGCUUCUCAAAGGGAGGUGAAGGCAGAUUUUAAAAUGACAAGAACUCAAUGUUGGAGGAGCGACAGAACCCAAGACCGCACAGAUCGAUUGAAGCAAAAACACCAGCGAGGAGGAGGAGGAGGAGGAGGAGGAGGAGGAGGAGAUGCACGCACAGCAAAUACUUCAAAUAAAUAUAGUAUAAUAUAUAAUAUAUCUAUCUAUCUAUCUAUAUAUCUAUCUAUCUAUAUAUCUAUCUACGUACCAUUGCAAUGAACGGCUUAUCCUUUUUAAAAAGUUGUACAAUUUAAAUAAAUGGUGAAAAACAAACAAA